CAGACGCCUUUCGGCAAGCCCAUUGAAGAAAUUUACGACGGUGUGCACGAUGGCCCGGUCCUUGGCUCGGGUGUUUCUGGUAUUGUCCGCCUGGUGAUUCACCGAGCUACUGGAGUCAAGUACGCCGUAAAGUGCCUCGAUAUUGGACUCAUAGACUCGACGGAAGGACUCCGUGCGCUACGAAACGAAAUCUUUAUCAUGUGUCAGCUUGAUCAUCCCAACGUCGUCCGCAUCGAAGAAGUCUACGAGUCUGUGAACGAGAUCUACAUUCUUCAAGAGCUUUGUGUAGGAGGAGACCUGUUUGAUCGCCUGGAUGAACAGACAGACUAUCACUACACGGAAGCUCAAUGUGCGCACCUCGUGAAGCAGAUGUUGAGCUCGGUGCGUUACCUGCACAGCAAAGGCAUUAUCCACCGGGAUUUGAAAUUGGAAAACUUUUUGUUUUCGUCAAUCAAGGUAGAAUCGGAGCUCAAGAUGAUUGAUUUCGGCCUGAGUAAGCAUUUUGUCCUCGGCGAGCACCAUCACGAACAGGUGGGAACACCGUAUACCGUAGCGCCCGAAAUUAUUCGUGGCGCUUAUGACGAGAAAAGCGACAUCUGGGCACUGGGUGUGAUUACGUACUUACUAUUGAGUGGCGAAACUCCCUUUGGAGGAUUGGAUGGAGAAGAUCUGAUGCUCGUAAAAGAGAACAUAAUGAGAGCAGAGGUACUUUUUGAGCCAAAAGAGGUGUGGGAAAGUGUAAGCGACGCAGGGAAAAACUUCGUGAAAACGCUUUUGAAUCCUGAACCAACGCUGAGACCAACAGCGAGAGAAACUCAGAAGAAUCCUUGGAUUCAGGUUUGGGCAAAGAAAGACGUGAAAGAAGGAGACAGAUUGAAUUCAAGAACAAUUGAUGCAUUGAUGAAUUUCAAAGAACAAUCCGACAUGCAAAAAUUGCUUUCAGAAGUUCUUAGUUUCACUCUACUCCCUGAGCAGAUUGUGGAGCUCCGCAGCGAAUUUGAGAAAAUUGACACCGACGGUGACGGCGAAAUUUCGCUGGAGGCAAUGAAACGUGUCCUG